AUGGGAAUCCUCGAAAUCAUCACGGUGCCACUGGGCGAACAGGUCUCGCAGCGCGGAUUGGGCAUUGUGGUCGCUGCGGGUUUCGCAGCUUUCUUGGUCGCGUCUGUCGUUCUCAAUGUGCUGAGCCAGAUACUUUUCAAGAACCCAAAUGAGCCGCCUGUGGUUUUCCAUUUCUUCCCUAUCAUUGGGAGUACCGUUACGUACGGUAUGGACCCUUACAGGUUCUUCUUCGACAACAAGGCAAAGUAUGGCGAUAUCUUUACUUUUAUUCUGCUAGGGAAGAAGACAACUGUGUAUCUUGGGACGGAUGGGAACGAGUUCAUUUUGAAUGGAAAGAUAAAGGAUGUCAACGCCGAGGAGAUCUACACAGUUUUAACGACCCCGGUUUUUGGAAAAGAUGUGGUCUAUGAUUGCCCCAACUCGAAAUUGAUGGAGCAGAAGAAGUUCAUGAAAAUUGGUCUCACAACAGAGGCUUUUCGGUCGUAUGUCCCUAUUAUCCAGGACGAAGUCGAGACUUUCAUCAAGCGCUCCGCAGCGUUCAAGGGAAGCAAGGGCUCUGUCAAUAUUCCUGCGCAGAUGGCCGAAAUCACUAUCUAUACCGCCUCUCACUCCCUCCAAGGAAAGGAUUGCCGAGACAGAUUCGAUUCUUCAUUUGCUGAGCUCUAUCACGCUCUCGACAUGGGCUUCAGCCCAAUCAACUUCAUGCUUCACUGGGCUCCUCUUCCUCACAACCGCGCACGCGACCAUGCCCAGCAGACUGUUGCAAAGACUUAUAUGGAAAUCAUGGAGGCGCGCCGAAAGGAUAAGAAGAGCCUCGAUAACUUGGAUAUCAUGUCUCAGCUCAUGCGUUCAAGCUAUAAGAAUGGCGUUCAGGUUCCAGACAUGGAAAUCGCACACAUGAUGAUUGCCCUUCUCAUGGCUGGACAACAUUCGUCUUCUUCCUCGAGUUCCUGGAUCAUGCUGCGCCUUGCCUCUAGACCAGACAUCAUGGAGGAGCUGUACCAAGAACAAAUCGAAGUUCUAGGUUCCGAUCUCCCAGCUCUGCAAUACGAAGAUCUGGCCAAACUCACCAAGCACCAGAACGUUUUGAAGGAGGUUCUGAGACUUCACACUCCUAUCCACUCGAUUAUGCGAAAGGUCAAGUCUCCUAUGCCAGUCCCAGGGACAAAAUACGUCAUUCCUACCUCCCAUGUACUCCUUGCAUCUGCUGGCUGCUCAAGUCGUGACAGCACAUACUUCCCUGAUCCGAUGAAAUGGGAUCCUCACCGAUGGGACCCUGAGUCCGGUGGCGUCUUGGGUACCGAUGUUGAGGAAGAGAAAUUCGAUUAUGGUUACGGUCUCAUCAGCAAGGGUGCCAAGAGCCCAUAUCUUCCAUUCGGUGCAGGAAGACAUAGGUGUAUUGGAGAGCAGUUCGCCAACGUGCAACUGGUAACCAUCACCGCUGUGAUGGUACGUUACUUCAAGUUCAAAAAUAUCGACAACAGCCAGAACGUCGUCGAAACAGAUUACACGAGUUUAUUCUCGAGACCUUUGGCGCCGGCAAUGAUUGCGUGGGAGAAAAGAGAGUAG